GUCUGUUCCUGGUGGCGGAAUAAAAACCUACGCUCGAAACCGAAAGUUUUAGCUGAAUAACCGAAGCUUCGAGAAGUUAGAAUGAAGCGCCGGUAACACUAUUUUACACAUCAUUAUUUGUUUUGUUUGUAUAGAUUGUGUUUUAAGGAAACGUGGAUUUCUAACGCGUCUGUGUGUUCAUAAACGCAUCGUGUUAUCUUAAGUAUUAAUGUUAGCAUAGUAGUAACGAUAGUAACGUUUACGGCCGCGACUGAACGCCUGCUUGAAGAGUUAGCAGUUAGUUAGCAAGACGUCAGUAAGCACCGAGGAUUCAUUUUAUUGGAAUCAAAGUUACUCUGAUACUGUGAUAAGAUUUCGUUUACUAAGGUGCUCUGUACAGCUGUUGGGUGUGAGUUUGUUCGCACCAGAGCUAUGGAUCCGGAUACUGAAGUGGAAAGCAUCUUUAGACAGGGGAAUGAAGAAGAAGGGGAGGAAGAGGAUGAGAAGAAAAAGUGGAAGAGACCGCCCUCCAGCUAUGGUUCAAUGAAGAGUGACAGUGAAGAGAUGGAGGAAGAGGAGGAGGAAUAUGAAGAAGACGACGUUGCUGAAGCCUGCCCUUCUCCUGUUGCCACAGCACAACCCGACAUAACUGAUCAUGAGGGGACAGGAUUGCAACUGACUCGCCCAGACUCUCCAGAAACCCUGUACACCAUGACCACGCUGCAGACCAAACCACCGGGAGCUGUUGUCAUUGACACCAGGUCUUCUGAUCUGGAGGGUAAUUCAGACGACGAUGAAGAGGAUGCAGAUGAAGUUAUAGUAUGUGACUCUCCAGAACCACCUGAGCCUAUUGAACCAGACGAUGCAGGACAGAAUGAUUUGCAGCCAGGCAUACUACACCCAGAGCAGGACCUACCCCAUAUAUUCAAGUCCAUCCAGAAUAAGCUGACAGGCCUCACAAGGGAAGAGCUAUACAAAUUUAAGAUGUGGUUUUACCAGUGGGAGCCAGGCAUAACCCUGCAACAAGUGAUGGAGGGAGACAUUCUUGAUUUUGUGGACAGGAUCAUAGAGACCCUUGGUCAGGAUCGUGCCCUGUUACAUACAAUAAGUACAUUAGAAAAUGUCAGCAAGCAAGCGGAGGCAAGCGAACUACGGAAUCAGUGCAAGAGAGCAUUGUCCCGGUUUCACCUGAAGCAGUAUUUGAUCAGAAAACAUCAAGUCAUCCGUGAGGGUGUCGUUCGAGCCGGAAAGCAGAACCUUCUGGACAACAUCUACAUUGAGCCCCAGAUUUCCACCUGCGGCUAUGGAGGAGUUGAACCGUCCCAUGAGUUCCGAUCCCAGCUUCCCACACCUAUCCAGGUCCCCAGUGCCGACACCUUUGUUGGUGUGAACAAUCUGUUCCGACUGAAGAAGGCAGACGGUCAGCCGGUGAGGACAGUGGUGACCACAGGGAUUGCAGGAAUUGGCAUGACUGUCUCUGUGGGGAAGGUCGCGCUGGACUGGGCAGAACUGCGUGCCAACAGGGAUCUGCAGUUCAUCAUCAAACUUUCAUUCCGCACUUUUUGGCAUCUGCGAAGCAAAAACUGCGAAACCUUUAUGUCCAUCAUGGAAGUGAUAGAAUAUUAUCAUCCUGAGUGCAAAGACAUGAAAUACCUGGAUCAAGAAGACUGUAAAUUCCUCAUCAUAAUGGACUCAUUCGAUUGUUACCAAGCUACUCUGGACUGGGAGAAUGCUCCGGUGAUAAAUGACAAUCACACCCAAGCACAUCCUGACGUCUUGAUUGUGAAUAUCAUCCGCGGCACUGUGCUUCGUGGUGCCCGUGUCUGGAUCCUGGGCCGACGGGCAGCUGUCACACAAAUACCAUCAAAAUUCAUAGAUGCCGUCACAGAAAUACAGGGCUUUAGUGACGAGAUGAAAGAUGAAUACCUGACUAAGCGCUUUUCCGAUAAAAAUCUGGCGGCAAAAAUCGUGGCACAUUAUAAGCACCUACCGACACUCAGAAUGCUUGCUCGCCAACCCUUUGUCUGCUGGAUGAUGGCCACUGUGUUUGAGCGCUGCUUCCGUUAUCAGGACUACGGGGUACGUCCCCCCAGACUGACGACGUUCUAUGUCAACAUCACCAUCGUCCAGAUGAAUCGCAGGCUGCAGUUCUACUAUGGAAAGGGGGACCAUGACCUGAAAUGGUCCAGUGAAGACAAGGCCCAGCUGACAAAGAUGGGGAAGAUGGCCUUCAAGAUGCUGGAGAGGAAUACCAGCGUGUUCUAUGAAGAUGAUGUGAAAGAGUACGGCCUGAAGCUGACAGAGGUGACGGUGUUGUCUGGCAUGUGUACUGAGCUCUCCACUGCAACCUCAGACGGCAGGAAGAUGUACUGCUUUGUACACUUCACCUUUCAGGAGUUUAUGGCUGCUCUGUACGUCUUCACAAUGUUCCGCACGGAGGGUAAGAACAUUCUGGAGUCUGGGUUGCACAUGCCCAAGAUCUUCACCUCUAAGGAUCAGACCAAAUCAGCAGCAGGGCUGGUCCAUUGUGCCUUGGAGCGAACCUUCGCUGCCCAGCUGGGAGAAUACGACAUGUUCCUGCGCUUCCUGUGUGGCUUGCUUUCCCCAGAAUGCCACGACGAACAGCUGGGUGGGUACCUCUACCGCCACAAUGCCCCGAAGGUGGGCGGACUUGAUGAGGUGCAGCGGCUCCUGGAGAAGACAAUACAGAGUGCUCCAGGAAACCGAGUGGAAAACUUAAAGGAGUGCCUUAGAGAAAUGACCCAAGAGGAUGAGUGAGUCGGGAUUAGUUUGCAUCAUGGAAAUCAUUGUCACUUUAUAUGGAUGUGAUGGAUGACAGAACAAUACCGCCUGCUCUGUUAUCUAUCUCGUCAUAGAGUUCAAAGUGUGACACUGAAAACACUCAAGUCUGUGUCAUUUUUUAUAUAUAUGUUUCAUACAUGAGACCCGUGCUUUAUUGCUGAUUAAAGGGUCUAUCAGUAAUGUUACUGAUAAAAUGGACAAAAUAAAAUCAUCUUCUAUGCAUCUCUA